AUGGGUUCAACCACGAGCGACAACAUACAUGCCAUCAAGAGGCAACGUAACACUAUCGCGGCUCGGCGCUACCGCCAGAAGGGCAGAGAUCGCAUUACAGAAUUGGAAGCUGCCUUGAAAGAGGUUACGGAAGAACGGGAUCAGCUGCGGCUACAGCUGGCGAGGAAAGAAGCCGAGGUUGAUGCUUUAAGACAGUUGUUGAAGUGA